UUUUGUUUAUAUGUUUGCUCUGAGAAAACCAAGAACCACCACCCAGCAACUUGGCUUUUAAAAGGAAAGUUUGUUAGAACCGUCAAUUCAGCUUCCUUUUCUUUUUUUCCCUCCUUACCUAUCCAUUUCGGGGUUCCCAAAUUUUGCUUCAUAUAAAUAAAUGAGUAAGCGAGUUUGUUGAUGCUGAUGGCUGUUGCCAAGAGUCGUGGGGGGAUAUUUUAGCUCUUAAAAGAAAAGGAAUGGUUUAAGUAAAUUGCUUCUGGCGUGACGUCGUUUUCUAUAAUUUUGGAGUGCUGGGGCUCUGAAUGACUUUAAAAAAAAUGACCGAGUCAACCAAAGUAAGGUUGGCUCUGUGUCCAAAGUGCGAAAACCUUCUUCCAGAACUUGCAGAUUAUUCUGUUUACAAAUGUGGUGGCUGCGGCGCUGUUCUUCGAGCAAAAACUGAGAAUUGUGAACCGGAAACUUCCUCUGAGAAGUGGGAAGAAGACAGGCUCGGCCGAGUUCCUACCAAGUUCCGUAUUUUUUCGGAGAAGGAUAUAGUAGACUCAUGUGAUGCGGGUGGUAAAUCAACCGCUGGCUCUUUGAAGUGUGAUACAACUAGGAAUGAACCUAAACUUGCUGCUGAUAAAUGCUGUGUUGGCAAAGGUAAUGAUAUUAGUGCAAAUAAGGAUGAGGUGGUAAAUUUAACUGGAACAGAAAACGAGAUUUUCGAUUCCAAAUUUGGGCAUACUGGUGGAUCACAAAUACUGGGAGACGUUCCUGAUUGGGACGCUGGGAAGCAAGAAGAGAUGGAGGGUUUUCCGAGAAUUCCAAGAGAUGUUACCGAAGACCAUCCGGAUGAACGCCCAUCAAACCGCCAGUUAGAUGCUUCUUAUGGGUUGCAGGCUCAAACUGACCAGGAUGGUUCUGGUAGAAUUCUCCUUGAAGAAGAUCGAGCUAUGCUUCUGAGGAAGCUAAAUGAGAUAAAGGAGCAACUUAGUAGGUCCUGUAAUGUGGUAGAUAAACCAAAAGAUAAGGUUCCACUUGAUGGGAGGGUUGCUCCUCCAGAGUCAUUUGGUGGUGUUGGUUCCUGGUUUCCAAAUGGUUCUUCCGCAUCACAAAACCCUUCAUUACCUUUCUAUGGACCUGAUAAAGAUGGUUCUAGGGCAGGGCCCUCUUACUUUGCUCAAUUUCCAGAAUCGUAUGCUUAUCCUGGUGCGAAUGCAAUGACUCCGCAUGGACUGCAUCCUCCAAUGCUUGAUCCAAAUCAUGUUCCUGCAUAUGGAAAUGCAUUUGGAUCCGGAGUGCUUGGAAGAACCUCGCAUCAGUUGCCAGGGGAAUACCAACAGCUGCCGCCACAUCCAUACUUUCCUAGACAGUACAAUGGAAGUGAUCAUCACCCAUUCAUGCCAUACCCGCAAAGUUCAGUGUUGCAUCAUGCUUCUUGUUCUUGUUUUCACUGUUACGAGAAACAUCAGCGAGUUCCAGCCCCUGUUCCGACCUCUGCAUUUGGCAAUAGAAGAUUUCCUGAUAUGCCUAAUAAUCCAAUAUACCAUAUUGAGAACCCUAUGACUUUAGGUUCUAGGACUGCAAUGCCUCCUCCAUUGAAUGUACAUGGUACGCAAGCACAUGCUAGAUUGCCAAGAGACAUUAACUCAGAAACAGGUGGUUGUGUUCAGGGCUGUCCACAAAGGAUGGUGUUGGCCGGUGGUAGACGCCGUUUAUGUCCUAUGGCUGGUGGUGCUCCAUUUAUAACAUGCUAUAAUUGCUUUGAACUACUACAAAUGCCCAGGAAACUUCAGCUCAUGGUAAAAAAUGAACAGCAAGUGCGGUGUGGAGCCUGUUCUACCGUGAUAAGUUUUAUCAUCACCAACAAGAGGCUUGUUAUUCGUGAUCAUGCAAAAGCGAUGGAAAUUUCUGUGGAGGCUGAUGAUAUCUCUAAUGCAGUUGCAAAGGAUUGCUCCUCACAUUUCCAUGGCCAUGCGAACCAAAUAUCUGCUAACUUUUCGUCUGAUGACUAUGAUCAUUCGGGUUAUGAGUAUCAAUCAAUGGAUAGAGAAUCUAAUGCAUUGUCAAUGGGUAAGGCUUUGAACUCAGUCAAAGCUCGGGAUAUGCAAAGUAUUUGUUCUUCAUCUCCAAGCAUCUCUGAGGAUGAAAACAGUCCAAACAGAGAGGAGGUGAAUUCUAUUGAUCAACCGAUCAAAUCCAUUUUGGCUCCCCCACCUGCAGGCUCACCCCUUCAAGAGCACUUUGAUUACUCUACUAACAAUCGUGCAGUCAACCGAUUUGGGAAGGGAAAUCAUAGUAAUCACUCUGAUCAGGAGAUCGUUGUGUCAAACAAUGGUACCACAAGACAAAGUUCUUUUAAAGAAGCAUCAUUACCUACCGAGAUGGAGGUGGCGUUCAAUGAGUACUCUAAUACCGAGACUUCUCAAGAUUCAAGGGAUGGAAUCGAAGAAGAUGAUCAACCGAAAAUGACAAGAGGAGGUGAAUCUUUUUUUGCAAAUAUUAAUUUCAAGGAAUCCUCAAAAUAUAAUCAAAUCGAGGAACAUGGGAAAAGAAACGUUUCAGUUAAUGGGCAUCCUCUACCUGAAUGUGUGGUUAAAAAAGCUGAAAGAACGGCUGGACGAAUUCAACCCGGCCAGUAUUGGUAUGAUUUCCGAGCUGGAUUCUGGGGUGUUCUGGGCGGACCUUGUCUUGGCAUAAUUCCUCCGCAAAUAGAAGAAUUUAACUAUCCGAUGCCGGAAAAUUGUGCUGGUGGGAGUAGUGGUGUGUUUGUAAAUGGGAGAGAGCUCCAUCAAAAAGACUUGGAAUUGCUUGCUAAUAGAGGGCUUCCAACUGAUAGAGAUAGAUAUUACAUCAUUGAGAUAUCAGGCAGGGUGUUGGAUGAGGAUACUGGAGAAGAGCUAUGUAAGCUUGGCAAACUUGCCCCAACUGUCUUGAAAGUGAAGCAUGGUUUCGGCAUGAAAGUUGGAAGAGCAGCUGUAUGAUGAAUUCCUAAGAAUUACAGGAUUCCAAUAGUAUUGAUGUCUGAGGAACAAACAAAUCCCCAGCAUUUAUAGGAGACAUUCAAUUUCCUGUCUUGUAACUAAAUCAAAUUGUUCCUUUGCAUUCAUUCAAGCUUUUACUAAGCUAAGCAAAUUAUAUUACAACCAGAUUUGGUAUUUUUCAACAAA